AUAUUGCGAGACGUAAUGGCGACGUCCAAUGCCCCACGCUAAACGAAAAUAUUGAAAAUAAUUGCUGAUAAUUAUCGUAGAGUUAAGCUUUUUGGGUAGCUGACCUUGACCUAAGAUGGAUUUCCAACAUCGAGCUGGCGGGAAGACAGGGAGUGGAGGCGUGGCCUCCGCCUCCGAAUCCAAUCGGGACAGGAGGGAACGUCUUCGUCAGUUGGCCCUGGAAACUAUUGAUCUGAACAAGGAUCCAUAUUUUAUGAAAAACCAUCUGGGGUCCUAUGAGUGUAAACUUUGUCUCACACUACACAACAAUGAGGGAAGUUACCUGGCUCACACACAGGGAAAGAAACAUCAAGCCAACUUGGCUCGGAGGGCGGCUAAAGAUGCCAAGGAGGCCCCUGCACAGCCUGCUCCAGAGAAGGCCAAAGUUGACAUCAAGAAAUUUGUGAAGAUUGGUCGACCUGGUUACAAAGUGACAAAACAGCGGGAUCCGGACACAGGGCAACAGAGUCUGCUGUUUCAGAUUGACUACCCAGAGAUUGUGGAGAGUAUGAUGCCGAGGUACCGCUUCAUGGCCGCCUACGAACAGAAGAUGGAACCCCCAGACAGGCGGUGGCAGUACCUGCUGUUUGCUGCAGAACCGUACGAAACUAUUGCCUUCAAGGUGCCCAGCAGAGAAGUGGACAAGGACCCCAAGAAGCUGUGGACACACUGGAACAAGGAUACAAAGCAGUAUUUUCUCCAGUUUGCAUUCAAGGCUGACCCAAAAGGCCUAAUGCAGUCCAUGCAGCCUCCAGUACCUCUGGGCCCCCCUCGGAUGCCUGGCCCUCCACGGAUGCCCCCUCCCCCUAUUCCCCCACCCAUGGGGAUGCCACCUCGGCCCCCUCCACCAUCAGGCCCUCCCCCGAGCCAACAACCUCCUCAGGGGCCACCUCCAGUUCCUCCUCCUUCAAACAUGAUGCCCAUCGGCCCACCCCUUCUGCACCGCCCCCACCCCCAAUGAUGCCUCCUGGCCCCCUCCUUCUUCUGCUCCACCCCUUGGCUCCCCUGCACCUCCUGCCCCACCCCCGCCUCCUCCCAAACCCACCAUCUUAACAAAGCUGUGGUCAGUUUUAAUGGACGAGAUGGAAAAGGGACUUUUACUGGGUAUUAUUCUAUCAUAGACAUGUGUAUCACAAUCACUUCUCAAACUUCAAAGUCUGAAAGUGAGAGACAACACUUAGUACUAUCAUUUUUAUUAUUUACAUGAUAAUAAGGGACCUAAGUGAAAAUUUGACCAUCAUUUUGCAUUCAUUCAUUGUGUCUGUCAUGUAUUCAGACAUGUACAUUGUACAAAAUAAAAUCACUCAACAUUCA